AUGAGCAAUUUCCACCAAAAUCAAGAUUGCAAGCUGGCAAGAUCGGGUCCCCCAGCAACAAUACUCACAGUUGACGAAGAAAGUCGAAAUGGAACACUUCUUGUGGACAACUUGCAAAUUACUGGACAUGCGGGUGGCCCAAAUCCAACUAUUGCCUUAUCACUAAAAGGCAAUGAUGACUACUGGGUGCUCCUGGAUGCUGUCAACCAGAAAUUGUACUUGAAUAGCACUGGCAGAGUCCUGGACAGAGAUCCUCCAGCCAAUAUCCAGUCCAUUGUUGUUGUGCUUGAUUGCCUGAACCUGCGAGUUGGAAGUGUCAUCAAACAUGAAGUGCGAAUUAUUGUAAGGGACAGAAACGACAACUCUCCAUCUUUUCGGCAAUCACGAUAUCACGUGGAAAUUAAUGAGUUGACACCAGUUGGGACAACCAUUUUUACUGGUUUCUCCGGAAUAAAUGGAGCAACUGACAUCGAUGAUGGCCCUAAUGGACAGAUUGAAUAUGUUAUUCAACAUAAUCCAAAUGAUCCAGAAUCUGGCAGGACAUUUGACAUUCCACUCUCAUUAACAGGAGCUGUGGUCUUAAGGAAAAGACUAAAUUAUGAAGAAAAAACACGUUACUAUGUCAUUGUUCAAGCCAAUGACCGAGCUCCAAAUCCACGGAACAGAAGAACCAGCACAACAACGCUAACAGUCGAUGUAUUGGAUGGAGAUGAUCUUGGCCCAAAGUUCCUUCCAUGUGAACUGGUCAAUAACACAAGGGACUGCCGUCCCCUUACAUACAGGGCCAGUUUGCCUGAGCUCACAGACCCGGCAAGGAUAAACCCAGUGAAUGUGACACCCCGGAUUUUAGCUGUUGAUCAGGACAUGAAUAUUAAACCAACUGAUGAUCGACCAGGGAUUGUCUACAGCAUUCUCGUUGGUACACCUGAGGAUUAUGCUAAGUACUUCCAUCUGAAUAAUAUCACCGCAGAGCUUUAUCUCCUCCGACCAAUAAAUAGGGAUUUUCAUCAGAAAUUUGAUUUGGUUAUUAAGGCAGAACAAGACAACAGACAUCCACUACCAGCGUUUGCCGAUUUGCAUAUAGAGGUUCUGGAUGAAAACAACCAAGCCCCGUACUUUGAACAAACCACCUACCAAGGAUUUAUCAUCGAGUCUGCUCCAGUGGGAACAACUGUUUCAGAUAGCUGGAAUUUAACAACAUCAUUAAGCAUUGUAGCCCUGGAUAAUGAUGUGGAGGAGACGAAAGAUCCAAAGCUGCAGAUCUCAGUGAACAACUUCAUCACAGCUUUCACGAUAACACCUUUUGGCAUAACCCGUUACCUUACUUUGCGUGAGCCAGUUGAUCGGGAGCGUCAGCAAAACUACACUUUUACAAUGACUGCUUCUGAUGGAGUUCAAGAGAGUACCUCCGUCACUGUCAAUGUCAUGGUGAUCGAUGCAAAUGACAACACUCCAGUUUUUCAGAACAUCUCCUACAAAGUGAAUGUUUACACAGACAUGAGGCCUGGAGAAGCUGUAAUACAGCUUACUGCAUCAGAUGCUGAUGAAGAUAAGAAUGGAAGAAUCACUUAUGAAAUUGUGACUGGUGACCAUGGGGACUUUGUAAUAAAUAACAGCAGUGGAUUGAUCAUCAUUGCUCCAGGAGUGACUUUAAAUGUUGGACAGACCUAUGCUCUUACUGUCAAGGCAACUGAUAAUGCUCAUCCAGCUCUAAGAAGAAGCUCUAUUACAACUGUAUAUAUUGAGGUUCUUCCUCCAAACAAUCAGAGUCCUCCAAGGUUUCCACAAAUGAUGUACAAUUUUGAAGUGAGUGAAGCUAUGAGAAGAGGAGCUGUUUUGCUGAAUUUAAAGGCCACAGAUCGUGAGAGAGAUCCAGUCACUUAUCGUAUUAUAAAUGGAGAUCCACAGCAGGUUUUCAACAUUACUCAGAGCACUGGACUGUUAGUCUUAGAAAAAUCUUUAGACAGGGAGAGUACUGAUCGAUACAUAUUGAUUGUCACGGCAUCGGAUGGCAAACCUGAUUCAACUUCUACAACUACCGUCAACAUAAUGGUUACUGAUGUCAAUGAUAAUGAUCCAAAGUUUGAUGCCAUCUUUCUUAAGAAUUUCACUGUGUUGGAGGAAGAAGCAAAUAUCUACGUUGGACAAGUGAGGGCCACUGAUCCAGAUGCAGGUAUUAAUGGGCAGAUUCACUACAGUUUGGGAAACUUCAAUAACCUUUUCAGGAUAACAUCAAACGGUAGCAUUUACACAAUGACAUCACUGGACCGAGAGACCAAAGAUAGGUAUGACCUGCUUGUGGAAGCUUCAGAUGGAGCUCAGGAUCCUCGUCGCUCAACCUUGACUGUCCCGAUCAGAGUCCUUGAUGUUGAUGACAACAGUCCUGUUUUCUCACAAUCCACCUAUAUUGUGUCUGUGCCAGAGAACAAUGAAGCUGGAAUGGUUAUUCUGCAGUUACAGGCAACAGAUGCUGACCUUGGUCCAAAUACAACGUAUCGCAUCAGAUCUGUGGAGGCCAGGAAGUUAUUUUCUGUCAAUCCCCGGACAGGAGAAUUGUCAAUUUUAGAGUCUACGGAUUAUGAAACUCUGGAUACUGAAGAUGCAAGCUACACUUUUGUCGUUGAGGCAGUGGAUGGUGGGGGAAGCAUGCCUCCAGGUCUAGCUACUGUGAUUGUCCAAAUACAGGAUAUGAAUGACUAUGCCCCUGUAUUUAGUAAGCCUGUCUAUAAAGGACUGGUCGCACCAGAUGCACUUAAGGGAAGCCUUAUCACUGUCGUGUCAGCUGAAGAUAUGGACCCUCCUGGGAGCCCAGCAAGCAGUGUCCAGUACAAGGUCGAUCUGACUGAGUUUCCAUACAGUGCAAGCAUAUUUGAAGUGGAGGAAGACACAGGGCGGGUGCUUACUCGAGUAAAUCUCAAUGAGGAACCUAAUACAGUUUUCAAGCUGGCAGUAAUUGCUUAUGAUGAUGGAGAACCAAUGAAAUUUAAUACCACCAUAGUUGAAGUUACUGUACUGCAACCAUCUGUAAUUCCACGCUUUACACAAGAAGAUUACAGACCUCCACCUGUAAGUGAAAGAGCUCCAAUAGGAACCAUGGUUGAAACUGUAAUAGCAGCUGCUAUCAAUCAAACUGUAGUGUAUUCAAUUAUAGCAGGAAAUGAUGCUGGAGUGUUUAAAAUCAACAAUCGCACAGGAGUCAUCACAACAAAUAAAACAUUGGAUUAUGAAUCCAUAAAAGACUACGAAAUCAGAAUCCAGGCAGAUUCAUUGCUGUUCUUUAGAUCAAACCUCAGGGUUCCUUCAAGAACAAACACAGCAAAGGUUUUCAUCGAGGUGCAAGAUGAAAAUGAUCAUCCGCCUGUUUUUACGAAAUCUCUCUAUUUGGGUGGGGUGACUGAGGAUGCCAAGACAUUCACCACCGUGCUGCGAGUUGAGGUUGAAGAUAAAGACAGUGGAAACUACAGCAUAUCUCAGUUCCGACUAAUCAUACCACCCACAAAAGAUGGAAAGGAUGGCUUUGUGAUAGAAGAAUACACUGGUGUAAUCAAGACAUCCAUUACAUUCAGAAACAUGAGGCGAUCAUAUUAUAAGUUUGAAGUUAUUGCAACAGACAACUAUGGCACAGAACUGAGCAGCAGCGCACAAGUUGUUGUCUCAGUGGUGAAUGAAUUGGAUAUGCAGGUGAUUGUUUCAAAUGUUCCUCCUACACUAGUGGAACAGAACAAGGAUCAGCUAAUUGGAAUUUUGGAGCGUUAUGUGCAGGAUCAAAUUCCAGGUGCAAAAGUAGUGGUGGACUCCAUUGGACCUCGGAGGCAUGGAGAUGGCUUUCAGGAAGAAGAUUACUCCAAGUCAGAUCUCAUGGUUUAUGCCAUAGACCCAUUGACAAAUAGAGCAAUAUCAAGGAAUGAGCUCUUCAAAUUCUUAGAUGGGAAGCUGUUGGACAUAAACAAAGACUUUCAGCCUUACUUGGGACAAGGAGGUCGUAUUCUUGAAAUCCGCACACCUGAUGUGGUGGCAAAUGUACAGAAGCAGGCACAGGCUGUGGGCUACACAGAAGGUGCUUUACUGGCUCUGGCGAUUAUUAUCAUUCUCUGUUGCUUGCCCGCUAUUCUGAUCGUUAUGGUCACCUACAAGCAGCGACAGGCAGAGUGUGCAAAGACUGCACGGAUCCAGAUGGCUUUGCCGGCAGGGAAAUCAACCAGUGGCCCAGCAGCUAACCUGUAUGAAGAACUGGGUGACAACACUAUCAGGGGAAAAAUAUCUGUUUUUGAAGAUGGAGAUCGGCAAAGACUCUUAAGCACGUUCGCUUCUCGUGCUAUUGAGGCUCAUAAGCAAUCCACUGUCAAUGGAACAUUGAAAAAUAGUCUUCCCAAGUCUGAAAGUAAUGUCACAUAUUUAUCAGACGAGAACCCAUUGACUACACGGAAUCCCAUUUAUGACGCUGGCGUAUUUAUGCCUCCUGAAAAUUGUGUUUUGACCCAUAAUAAAAAGGGAUCAGUUUUAGCCAGGCAUUCACCUAGAAGAAUAGCUUUGAAAGAUUCAUUAUUCAGACUGCCAGCUGAGGCUGGUCACCAUGCGUGGACAUUACCUUCUCGUAUUCAUAAGCAUCAAAUGUAUAAUACCCUCCAUAGACCAGUGAUUAUGGAUCCAGUGCAGUGGGAGAGGAAAUUGCUUGAAGAAGAAAGGAAAACUGAAAACCAAUUGAGCAGAGUGAAUCCUUUUAUUAAAGAUGCUAACACUAAGCUAACUGUUAAAGAGCAAGCAAGACAGUUUGAACAGCAAGCCUUGCGAGAAAUGAAGCAAGUCAAAAAGCAGGAAACUCUGACAAACAGAAAAGGCCCCAUCAAAAGUAUAAAUAUGGUUGCAACACCUCCAGAGUCAUCAAUAUCUGCCUCAUCACAUCAUCAUCAUUCCUUCUCUUCUGCAGCAACUAUUUCUCUGACUUCUAUUUCUGUGUUAUACUCCUCAUCUUCCAUUAGCAAUAAUCAUUCUGUUACCUCCGAAGAGCUUUCUCCCUCUGAUGAUAAGAAAACAACCCCUGCUCUUGUAAGAACGCCGAGUGAAUGCAGUUUAUUUACUCAGAUCUGCAUAUCAAUGGAGUCAACCAGUGAACUGUCAGGGAACAAUUCAGAAACUCCUCCUCCUCCCACUCCCCCUCCUCCUCCUCCUCCCCCUCCCCCUCCCCCUCCUCCUCCUCCUCCCCCUCCCCCCCUUCCUCCAGCUUUGUCUUAUGCUUUCCCACCUAAAUCCAAUUACCCUCUUCCUCCUUCACCACCACCACUUCCUCCUCUCCCUCCUUCUCAUACUUCAUGUAGUUCUCAGUCACUUCCUCAACGCUCAUCAUCACCAGUACCUCCUCCUGAUCGUGAGGUCUCAUCAUCAUCAACCACUCAGAACCAGGCUCCACAGAAAGAGUUGAAAGGAAUUUUGAAGCGUAUCCAGAACCUAGCAGAGAUUGAAAAAUCCGUUGCCAACAUGCAGAAUCAAGUAGAUAAAAACAGAGCCAUGUACAAACAGAUCAGAAAGGCAAAAGCCACAAACGAGUCUCAAGGACAAGGGACGGAAUUGGUACCUGGGCCAAAUGUGAAUGGGCAGAGCAGUUUUCGAAGCAUUGUGCAAGAACUGGAAAAACGUUUUCCACCACAAUCCACUUUAUUGAGGGGAUACGGACAACAAGAGCAACAGCAAUUGCUGAGACCUUCGCUUCUCAGACCUGAGGAACUCUCUAUGGAAUCAGGCAUUGAUCCUGGCCAGGACUACUAUGCACAGGAUUACUAUAAUUAUGAGCCUGGGUAUGAAGUACCACAAUAUGGAAGUCGUCGCCGAUUAAUCUCUCCCUCCGGAAUGUAUGACGAUUAUGGCGAGGUGGUGAUGGAAGAUGAUGGGGGUUACUAUUAUAGUCCACAGGGAUCAAAUGCAGAUGGAGAGUGGGCUCGCCAUAAAAGAAUAAAAUUGGUGGUGGAUCGUGAGUAUGAAACUAGUUCAACUGGUGAGGACAGUGCGCCGGAGGCACAAAGGAUUCGCAUCAAGCACCCAAAUAACCACAGCAACAUUAGCAGUAGCAUCUACGUUGUUCAAAAUGGGUCCAUCAUAAGAACAAGGCGCAGUUGCCCUCCCAACAAUGGGAAAGCAGCUUCACCCCCAAGAGUGGGAAAGCAUUUUAAGAAGCUGGAUAAACUGGCAGCCACGCAGGAGGAAAAAGCCCCAUUGAACAAUCCAUCAUCGUCAGAUGCAAUGGCUUCUUGCAGCAAUGACAAUCUAAAUGCAAGACCGUCGAGCAGCUCUGUGGCUUCUGGCAGCACGGGGCCCAGCAACUGCAUGUCCAGACUGAGCAUAGUAAAGGCAAAGGCUGACAAAGCAAAAAGCACAGAUGAUCAAGAAUCAGCUAUUGACACUGAAGACGUCAAGGAGCCUUUGGAAUUUCACAGUGAUCAAACACAAUCUGACGAAGAGGAACUGUGGAUGGGACCCUGGAAUAAUCUUCACAUACCAAUGACAAAACUCUAAAUUAGAAUUUUUAUUGCAAUUAAUGACAAAGAAAUCACUUUUUUAUGGUUACUGUGGAAAAGUAACAAUGUUUUCCAAUUUGUUCAUUUGAAAGGUGCAUUUUGAUUUAUAUGACUUGCAUUCAAUGGGAUUGUCAGGCAUUCACAUCCCAACAAUCACAGAAAUGGGCUGUAUCUUUAGUCACAAAGAAAUCCCUGAAUAUGAUAGUGAUUUCAUGCUUUGAAGGUAAAUAUGGAGUAAUAGACUUGAUCUGAUACUUGCCCUGCUUGGCAAUCACAAUGAAGUAAAACUAAAGGUUCACUGUUUGAGGGACUGAAGUAAAUUGGUUUCUUUACAUCAGACAUAACCCUUAUCUAUUUUUGCAGAUGUUGAUAGAUUACACUGAUUUCAAAUGGUGGCCUCGAUUUGACAGAGCUAAUUACCUUCAGUGACUGAUGGAAAUUUUUAAAUGUACUGGGGUACAAAUUCAUCUUCAGACAUGUGCACUGAAUGCAAAAUGUAAUGGUGGGUGCUUUUGUUGACUUCACUGGAACAGAAUUUCAGAAGAGAAGUACAAUGUGAUUACACAACUCCAUUUCGCAUUUGGCACUUGGCUGAUGACAAAUUUUUUAGAAAUAAAAUAAAUUAUACUUUUUGAAAGCCUCCCCUCCCCCAUCACUUCACACCACUCUUAAGUUACUGUCCCCCACUUUGUGAGCAGAGAU